AGUGAAGUAAGAAAGAGAGCGGGCAAUUCCUUAAAUACAAAGCUACUUUCGUUAAAUCCGAUGCCAUUCUCUCCUCACGCUCUCAACUGAGUUUCUUGACUCGUUCACAGAAAACCGGGACCGGUUCUCGAUCUGAACUGACUCGCCCGUUUAGCUGCUGCUGCUGCUGCUGCUUGGAAGAAUGGCAUUUGGAUCGUUACCGAGUUCUGAAAGAUCGGAUCUCUGAGUUCCACCACCGAUUCCACAGCAUGCACGGUUACAGCAGGCUCGGGAGCGGGCGGUCGAACGGGAAUUCCCCGGCAUCGACCCCAUCCCCGCCAUCCUCCCCGAGGUUCCGCCACGGACGGUCUAAGAUCGGCUCCGGCCGCGGCUCGCCGAAGCUGCAGUCGGUCCCAGAGCGGGUCAUCUACGUCCUGCUGUCGGUGGUCCUCAGGCGCCGCGGCAUUCUUCUCUUCGCGCCGCUGAUGUACAUCUCGGGGAUGCUGAUGUACAUGGGGACGCUGGAUUUCGAGGUCCCUGGUGGGGUCGCCAUAAGGCGGCGCCCGCUGCUGGGGUCUACGUACCACAGCCCGCAGGUGUUCGAGAAACUAUGGCCGUUCAUGGAGGCUGAUGGGAACAGAUCCAAUGUGUUGAUGAAUGCAUGGCACCCAAAAGUAGGUCAAAGUUGGAAGCCCUGCAUCAAAAGGAGUCUUUCCCAAGCAGAAUUGCCAAGCUCUAAUGGUUUCCUUAUAAUUGAAGCAAAUGGUGGUCUGAAUCAACAACGUAUAUCGAUAUGUGAUGUAGUUGCUGUGGCAAAACUACUGAACGCAACGCUUGUUGUCCCAAUAUUUCAUUUGAAUAGUGUUUGGCGGGACUCCAGCAAGUUCGGGGACAUUUUCGACGAGGACUACUUCAUUGAUGCACUUAGAAAAGACGUGAAAGUGGUAAAAGAACUCCCUGAAGACGUACUGAAACACUUUGAUAGUAAUAUUAGCAACAUUGUGAAUCUGAGAGUUAAAGCCUGGUCAAGUUCAACCUACUAUUUGCAAAGGGUCCUUCCAAAGCUGUUGAAGCUGGGCAUGUGUGGAUAUACCUCAGGAAGUGGGGCUGACAGGAUGCCUUUCUACCCAAAAGGAUGGGCUGUACGUAUUGCACCUUUCUCCAAUAGAUUGGCUCAUGCGGUUCCCUCAUAUAUUCAGGGUUUGAGAUGCUUGGCUAAUUAUGAAGCAUUAAGGUUUUCAGAACCUAUAAGAACUCUUGCAGAAAAUAUGGUUGAUCGAAUGGUUAAGAAUAGCACUAAUAGCGGUGGGAAGUAUGUCUCAGUGCAUCUCCGCUUCGAAGAGGAUAUGGUAGCCUUUUCAUGUUGUACUUAUGAUGGUGGUGAGGAAGAGAAACGUGAAAUGGAUAAGGCUCGUGAAAGGAGUUGGAGGGGGAAGUUCAGAAAACCUGGCCGAGUGAUAAGACCUGGUGCAAUUCGAAGCGAUGGGAAAUGCCCUUUAACUCCAUUGGAGGUGGGAAUGAUGCUUAGGGGCAUGGGUUUUGACAAUACAACCACAGUUUAUGUUGCUGCUGGAAAAAUUUACAAGGCGGAAAGAUAUAUGGCCCCCCUUCGACAAAUGUUUCCAUUUUUAGAAACGAAGGAAUCUAUAGCCUCACCAGAUGAACUUGCUCCAUUUCAGGGUCACUCGUCCAGGUUGGCUGCACUUGAUUAUACUGUUUGCCUUCAUAGUGAAGUAUUUGUUACAACUCAAGGUGGCAACUUUCCGCACUUUCUGAUGGGUCACAGGCGUUACCUCUACAGAGGACAUUCAAAGACAAUCAAACCUGAUAAGAGGAAAUUAGCAGUAUUGUUUGACAACCCAAAUAUCAGAUGGGAUAGUUUCAAGCACCAUAUGGAAGAAAUGCUUCACCAUAGUGAUGAAAAGGGUACUGAACUGCGAAAACCUAAUGGCUCUCUAUACACCUUUCCAAUGCCAGAUUGCAUGUGUCGUCAGGCGGAAGAUGGAUUUACAGUGGGAAAUGCAACAGCAGUUGAAGGUGGAUUUGCAGAGGGAAAUGCAACAGCAGUCGUUUGACUUGGAUGAUAUAUUGUCCUCAGGUCUGAGUUUGUUGAUACAUGUAAGUUAUCUUGUAGCAGUAUCCAUUCAAUUGGAUUGUGAAAUUCAUUCAUUUUGUGUAAGUUGAGGAAGGCUUGUAUAGGUUUCAUUGGCCCAGUUUUUGUUGUAUUUUGAUCCACGUUCAUUGUAAAUGAAACACUAACAGCUUUAUAUAAGAUAAAAUUCUUUGUAA